AUGGAAGCAUUACUAGAAGCAUUACCAGAGGUUAGAGGAGCAGUUGACAACUUGAGGGCAAAGGGAAUUCUUCCCCGCCUGAAGUCAAUGACUUGGACCGUGGAGAAUCAGAACAUGAGAGCGACUUCUAGGGUGGCAGUCAUUUGUCUUAAGCUGCAAGAUUAUACCAAGUCCCCUUUAGGGGAAAUCAAGGUGAAGUUUCAGCUCACUAGAGACUCACUCGAGGCUAUGUUGAGAUCAAUGACCUACAUCAAUGAACAACUCUCAACCGUUAUGGGAGGCAUGGGAGAAUAG